CAAUCAGCGCUGCCGCGUCAUACGGAAGUGCAAUGGCGGCGAAUGGAGCGACUCAGGAGUCGUGCAAGGAUAAUAAACAUAAAGCAAGCACCGCAGAAAUGAGUCCUGAUGCGUUGAGUAGACUUUCUUUCCAGGAGUGUUUCUCUAACUUAAUCGAGUCGAUCACAGAGUUUAGCUCUGAGCUGAAAAUAAGCCCUGAGGUUUUAAGCAUCACUGCAAGCGUGAGUGCUCUGAACUGCACUGAACUACAGCCAUCGCAUGUGUACAACUGUUUACAGCAGCACAUCUCCAAGUUACAGUCCGUAUCGGUACAUCUGAAACAAAUAUUGGAUGCUGAGAGCCCAUCUGAUUCAGCCAAUAAUGAAAAAACAGAGAAAUCCAAGAAGAAGUUUGCAGCAACAUCUGAAGAAGAGAGAAUUGUAGACAGAGAGCUCUUUCCUACUACAUCACACCAACACACUGCUUUGAAAGACAAUGUGACGUCCCAACAUGAUGACCGCAGUGUUCAGAUCAAAGCUGGCAAAGCUGAGAUUGAACGUAGGAUCUCUGCAUUUAUAGAGCGCAAACAGCUGGAGAUCAAUGAAAACAAUGUGCGGGAGUUUUGCAAUGUGAUCAACUGCAAUCAGGAAAACAGUUGUGCCAGAACGGAUGCAGUCUUCACACCCUAUCCAGGUUUCAAGAGUCAUGUCAAAGUGACCCGAGUGGUGAAUACAUAUGGGCCCCAAACCCGAGGUGGGCGCUCUGAGCAGGGAGAGCAGCAGCAGGGCUCGUACAGCAGAGACUGUGGAAACCCUGCCAUUGAGGAGCGGCUACACAACAUAGAAGCUCACCUGAAGCUAACAGCAGGUCCUGUGCCUCAGAGCAUUUACCAGAGGCUGAAGAAGUUAGAAGAUCGAAUCUUGGAGCUUGAGGGUCUUUCCCCGGAGUACUUCCACUCCAUGAGUUACUCUCACAAACGUCCGAAAGUCUCAGUUUCUCAGAGCUACAGCCUAUCUGAGUUAGAUGGGAAGAUCAGUGCAGUUAGAACUGCUUUACUGAAGAGAGCGAGCGAGUUCCAGUCCAGAGAUGUGAGGGAGUUUCCAUUCUGACAAACACACGCUUGUCGAACAGUGUACCUCCACCCUGAAGAUUUGUCAUUUUUUUGUACACUUGAUAUUGUGAAUUGAAAAUGAACCCUGUUUUUGCUUACUAGUCAUCUGAUUUGUGAGUUAAGAGGUUGUGUACAUGCUGUCAUUUUCAUUUUUGUAAAUAUAUUUUUUUUUCUGCAAAAAUAUUGAGUAUUUGAAUAU